AUCUCGGUCGUGACUGGAGUUGCACAAGGAGUUUCUGAACAGAGGAAGCGCAACGCAGAUGCGUCAAAUCAAACACGCAUGCUCAAAUUCCACGUCGAUGUGUGGGUCGAUGCUUCAUUGCGGAAGGGCAAGGGCGCGGAACUCCAUGACACGAUUCUAACGCUGCGCAAAGACAAAGUCUGGGUAGAGGCGAAGAGUCCGAUUACAAGACAACCAGCAGACGUAGCUCACCAUCCAUUCACCGGCUUCUACCUCGAAUACCCCGACGACAACAGAGGCUUUUGCAGAGGUCUUGUCAGCACGAUCAGUGUCGACCCGCCAAUGCUGAACUGGAUAUAUGUGGACAAGGAUACAUAUGAGGUCAAGUAUGCAGCGAGAUCAGGAAGCAUUAUGCAUCAUGUAGGCGACUUCGACUGGACGACGGAUGCCAAUGAAGACAGCUGCAUCACUCUUGAUGGCUUUGAGGGUUUUGUUGCGGUGGAAGAGGAGGAUGGCGUGUGGGCGCUGUAUUUCGAUAUGGAUGAUGACGGACUGAAGAGUAAGAGGAAGGGCAGGAAGGCUGUUGAGGUACACUUGCAGCGAAGAAUCAUUGUUGGGCAAGAG